GGUGAUUUUAAUCCCGAUAAUUAUAUUGUAAGUAGUGGGCUUAAAGAAAAAUGUUCAAAUAUACAGAAACUGAGCGUGUUUUAAAAAGUUACGAAUCAUUCAUUGAAGGUGCAUUUGAUAGUGAUGCCAAAAAAAUUCAUGGAACUAUUAUAGCCGAAAAUGACACGAUUAUAGAGAAUUAUAAAACAUGUGAUGCCUUCUUGAAAAAUGAAGAAUUUGUAAGAAAAAAUCCGCAAAGUGAGCCAAAUCGAUUUCUGCAAACAAAUGUGUUUCGCCAAUUAAUUAGAAAUGUAACAAUUAAAUUGGGAUUUACUGAUCAAGACUUAAAUCCAUUUUAUAUACAAUUAAUGUAUAAUAUUUGUCGUUAUGAGAAAGCAUGGUAUUUUAAUCGGAAUCCAGCUUCACCAUGGUGUGCAAUCUUUACUCCAAGACAAUUAGAAAUACUCGAAUAUUGGCAGGAUUUAGACGAUUAUUAUAUAGACGGUUAUGGAAAUAGAUUAUCAACGCAUUUGGGAUGUUUUGCAGCACAAGAUUUAAUUCAUCAAUUCGAACGUGUUAUCCAAGCGAAACAAAAUGGCAGACAGGAUUAUCCAAAAGUUGUGACAUCAUUUGGGCAUAGUGCUAUUGUUAAUAUGCUUUUUACCACAUUAGAUAUUGCAAAGGAUUCAUUUUCAAUUCGAUCCGAUAAUUUUAAUACAAAUAAAACAAAUAAUAGAUUAUGGCGUACAUCAAAGUUAACACCAUUUGCUUCAAAUUUAGCUUCAGUUUUAUACGAAUGUGAAGGUACUAAUAAUACGAUAGAUUAUAAAAUGGAAUUUUAUUUAAAUGAAAUACUUUUACGUAAUUAUGGUUCGAACAAUGGUGUCUGGAAAUGGACCGAUUUUUACGAUAAAUUUAAAUCGAUAAUUAGUAAAUGUAGCUUAGAUGUAUGUAAAACUCCUAGCGAUAUUAAAGUUGAACAAGUUUAAAG